AGAGAGCUAGCAGAGAAUGAUGAGCUGGUGAGAGAAAGUGUGAGAAACAGAAAAACAAAUUAUAAACCUCUCAGAUCCAAAAAGUUUACUUCUUUUUUUCUUUUUUCUUUUCUCUAACUUUCUCGCUGCCCAAACAACCAAACAAAUCUUUCUCUUGCUUCUAUUUAUUUAUAUAUCUCUCUCAUUUUCCCAGCCUAUCCUCAUCUCUCAUCUUCAGGAAAGUGAUAGAAAGAGAAGAGAGAGAGAGAGAGAGAGAGAUCAGUUACGUAUUGACUUUCUCUCGGUGUAAGAUUUGCAAUGGGAGCUCGUUGCUCCAAAUUGUCGCUCUGCUUUUGGGCUUCAAACAUCAAAUCCAGUCUGAACGACUUGUCCGACAUUGAGAAAGGGGGAAGAGAUGGCAAGGACGCGUUGCCUGGGUUCAGCGAGUUCAGCUUGGAUCAGCUCAGAGCUGCUACUACUGGAUUCUCUUACGAGAACAUUGUCUCGGAGCACGGAGAGAAAGCUCCCAAUGUUGUGUAUAGAGGAAAGCUCGACGACGAUAGCUUGAUCGCCGUUAAGCGUUUCAACAAGUCGGCCUGGCCCGAUUCUCGCCAAUUCCUAGAGGAGGCGAGGGCGGUGGGGCAGCUAAGGAGUGAGCGGUUGGCGAAUUUGAUAGGGUGUUGCUGUGAAGGGGAGGAGAGGUUGCUUGUGGCAGAGUUCAUGCCUAACGAGACUCUUUCUAAACAUCUUUUCCAUUGGGAGGCCCAGCCAAUGAAAUGGGCAAUGAGGCUGAGAGUUGCUUUGUAUUUGGCACAAGCUUUGGACUAUUGCAGCAGUAAAGGCAGGGCGUUGUACCAUGACCUUAAUGCUUACAGAGUUUUGUUUGAUAAGGAUGGUAAUCCCAGGCUCUCCUGCUUUGGCCUUAUGAAGAAUAGCCGAGAUGGCAAGAGCUAUAGUACAAACUUGGCCUUCACCCCUCCAGAAUACUUGAGAACAGGAAGAGUGACAUCAGAAAGUGUAGUUUACAGCUUUGGCACCCUAUUGCUUGAUCUUCUCAGUGGCAAACACAUCCCCCCUAGCCAUGCACUUGACCUGAUACGUGGGAAGAAUUUUCUGAUGCUGAUGGACUCAUGUUUGGAGGGUCAUUUCUCGAAUGAUGAUGGAACUGAGUUAGUGCGAUUAGCUUCACGCUGUUUACAGUAUGAACCUCGUGAGAGGCCAAAUGCUAAGUCUCUUGUGACUGCUCUCUCUCCUCUUCAGAAGGAAAAAGAGGUAUCCUCAACUUCU